AUGUCCCUACUACAAUGGAAGAACUAUGACGUGGUUAUGUGUAAGUUUUUCCCAGCAAGCCUAGAAGGCGAGGCGAAGAUCUGGUUCUAUACUUUGCCCGAUGAGUCCAUUGGAAAUUGUGGCGUCCUAGUGGAAACAUUUCUCGAAACAUACAUGCAUAACAACAUUUCUCGCCCAAGGGUGAACAAACUGUUCACACUGGCACGAAGGUUCAGGGAACCUUUAAGAUCUCUAACGGACAGAUGGAGGAAGCUGUGCACCGAUAUCGGAAAAGUACCAGUCGACCAACAGAUUUUCGGAUUCGAAAAUUCAUUAGGAAAAUCCGACCCUAUUUGGAUAGCUAUGUAUACUGAGAAACCGCAAAUCCUAAGGGAGAUGGGAAAGAUGCAAGAGCAUUAUAUCGCCUUAGAGGAGAUACAAGAGGGAGCGCAGGAUAGAGGAGUACAAGAAGCGAGUGCGUCGGUGGAACCUGUUCCUCAAGAAGACCCAAAACGAUCAGAGAAAAGGCCGAUGGCACCACAUCAAGGCUCGGGCAAGAAGGAAUGGGUUGAGAAAGGAAAGAAACCUCGUCAUGAACCAAGGACGUACACGCCUCUGAAUGCACCAUUAGAGGAAAUAUUCAAGGAAGUAGAAAAGCGAAAAGACAUCAGAUACCCAAAGACGAAGGGAAUCCAGUUUGACGAGACAAGAAACCAUCCCGAGUUUUGCCAUUACCACCAGUACCGAGGCCACUCGACUAACAACUGUCGGGAGGUAAAGGACAUUGUUCAACAUUUGAUCCAAGAUGGCUACUUACGAAAUUUUGUUAAGACAGCGUCGACAUCGACCCAACAACCCGAUGCUCUCGUACAUCAAGUGAGGAUCGACCAAGGGACUCAGUUCACCUGCAACACCAUUUCACACUCGACGACCCAAAGAUUCGACUUAGGGGGCAGUAUCACUUCUAGAAUCUGCAAGAGGGAUCGGGCGGGAAAAGAGAUCCUUAGUGUAGCCAAAAUUUUGCCUAUGGAACCCUGGAUGAUGUAG